UCCCCGGACCCCGCGUUCACUAUAUCCGCUCUCCCCGGACCCCGCAUUCACUAUAUCCGCUCUCCCCGGACCCCUCAUUCACUAUAUCCGCUCUCCCCGGACCCCGCAUUCACUAUAUCUGGUCUCCCCGGACCCCGCAUUCACUAUAUCCCCUCUCCCCGGACCCCCGCAUUCACUAUAUCUGAUCUCCCCGGACCCCGCAUUCACUAUAUCCGCUCUCCCCGGACCCCGCAUUCACUAGAUCCGCUCUCCCCGGACCCCGCAUUCACUAUAUCCGCUCUCCCCAGACCCCGCAUUCACUAUAUCCGCUCUCCCCGGACCCCGCAUUCACUAUAUCCUUCUCCCCGGACCCCGCAUUCACUAUAUCCGCUCUCCCCGGACCCCGCGUUCACUAUAUCCGCUCUCCCCGGACCCCGCAUUCACUAUAUCCGCUCUCCCCGGACCCCGCAUUCACUAUAUCCGCUCUCCCCGGACCCCGCAUUCACUACAUCCGCUCUCCCCGGACCCCGCAUUCACUAUAUCCGCUCUUCCCGGACCCCGCAUUCACUAUGUCCGCUCUCCCCGGACCCCGCAUUCACUAUAUCCCUCUCCCCGGACCCCGCAUUCACUAUAUCCGCUCUCCCCGCAUUUUCAUUCUGCUCUAGGAGGAUGCAGAACCCCUGACCCUUUGUCUGGGCCGUGCUGAUCACAUGCAAUCUC